AUGGCGAUAAUUUCCCACCUGAUACUGCUCUCAUUAGCCGUAUACGCAUCUUCUUAUGCGGAUAUCAUGGACGGAAAAGAGUCUCCGACUGCUGAAAACCAAUUCGACAUCUCUCCGCAAUCGAUGUCGGUGGAUACAAUUGGAAGACUUGGAGAGAACAACGAUAUAUAUGCAUCAGCGACAAUAAAUGAUGAUUCGUAUCGUUACCCAUUGACGGCUUAUCGCUCACCAGGAUACCCAAUGAUGUCACCUUAUUAUGGUAGUAUACCGUAUCUUAACAGAAUGAACACACCUUUCAACCGUUUUGGAUACCAGCAGUUCAAUCGAUAUCCGUUCGUUGGUCAAGCUGGAAUGUAUCCACAGUUCAAUCAAAACCAGUGGAGGAGUGCAUAUAAUCCCCUAGCAACUAAUUCGGACAUUCAAUUUUCCUAUCUGAUGACUCAUCCACAGGCAGCAAUGACUUAUCAGAACUUAGCAUAUAACUAG